AUGAUGUGGAUUAUUUCUAAUAAUCGUUGUUCACCUCGAUGGAAGAAGUUCAUGCUAUUUCUAUGCAUUUUCGCCUAUCUUUAUAUAAUUUCGACGACCUCAUUUUCCAUCUUCUUGGGUACCAAGCAAAGGAAUGUGAUCCAUCCACAAAAGAAAAAUAAUGAUCAUUUGUGUCUAACUUCAUAUUGUAUCAAAGCAGCUAAUUAUCUACUUGAGAGUAUAAAUGAAACUGUUGAACCAUGCGAAAAUCUUUACGAGUUUACUUGUGGUAGAUGGCUUACGAACACAAACAUACCAAAUGAUGUUAGACAUCAAGAUACAUUUCAAAUGAUGCAAGAUCAACUGGGCAGUACUCUUAUCAAUCUUCUUACUACAUUACCAUCGAAUAGUACCAUUGAGUCUAAAGCAAUUAUCAAUGCUCGUCGUCUCUAUACUUCCUGUAUCAACGAAGCAAUGAUUGAAAUGAAGAGUGUUGAUAAAAAGAUUGCCAAGUACCAUUGGACAACGGAUGAGCAACGUGCUCGAAUUUUUGAAUAUAUUCGUACAACACUUGGCAAUCUUUCGCGAGCAAUCAAUACCAGUAACUAUUUUGACACGGAUGCUCGCAAUCAGGUCCUUGAAAUGAUGAACAAUAUUCGACAUUCCUUUAUUGAUAUACUCGAGCAAUCCAUCUGGAUGGAUCCUAUCUCGAAAAACAGGGCAAUAGAAAAAGCCCGCGCUAUUGUCGAAAAAAUGGGUUAUCCUGACUAUUUAGAUAGUGACAAUGUGACAAAACUCGAGAAUGAUUACGCUGAAUACAACUUUAAUUCGUUAUUUCUACGAAAUACUUUGAUCAUCGAUCGACUGAUUGUAAAAAAUAAUCUUCGAAUACUCCGUAAACCUGUUGAUCGUAAGGCGUGGACCGAUUGGGCACCGACGACUAUCAAUGCGUUUUAUUUUCCAUUAUAUAAUGAUAUUACUUUUCCAGCUGGUUUUCUUCAACCGCCUUUUUUUCACAAAGAUGCACCUAAAUAUCUUAAUUAUGGUGGUGUUGGAGUUGUCAUCGGACACGAGAUUAUACACGGUUUCGAUGACCUUGGCCGACAUUUUGACAAAGAGGGAAAUAAGGUUUCUUGGUGGUCUAAUGAAACAAUCAAUACAUUUAACAAACAUAAGCAAUGCAUUAUUGAACAAUAUAAUAAUUAUGUAAUGGCUCAGAUCAACGUCGAGAUAAAUGGUGAACGAACCCAAGGCGAAAACAUUGCAGAGAAUGGUGGAUUGAAAGUGGCCUUUUUCGCUUAUCAAAAAUGGGCACAUACCCAUAAAAAUGUUGACAAGAAGUUGCUGGGUCUAUCCAAAUAUUCAGCAGAACAAAUGUUUUUUCUUAAUUAUGGUCGAAUGUGGUGUUCCAAAAUGACAGAUAAAUAUGCAACAAAUAUUGUAUUGGGAGAUGUACACUUACCUGGUCAGUUCAGAGUACUUGGUUCUACGUCCAACUUUGUUGAGUUUGAUCGUGCAUUCGGCUGCAAACCAGGUCAAGGCAAUAGUCGAAUGAAUAAGUGCAAUGUAUGGUAA